CAGGGCACUCCACAAGUCCCGCCACAAGCCAAACUGCAAGUUUCUACUUCUGCAAUGGAGCUGCCCCCAUCCUACGAAGAUGUUCUGUUGGUGGAUAAUUUAGCUGCUACUACAGAAACUGCCAUCACACCAGAGAUGGCAGACAAGCCGUAUGGGGUUCUUUUCCUUCGGUUCCCAGACACCUGUGUUCAGGAGUUCAGAGACACCAUUGGGGGAUACCACCAGAGUCUGGCAGAGUGUGAGGGAGAAAUCAUUGCAUUUGCGCCACAGGUUCUACACGAUUCUAACGAAUGGCCAGCACGAACGUCUGUCGCCAUUUUGAAGUUCCCUUCUGUGGAGGUGGCAGCUGAUUGGUUCAACAAGACUACAGGGGUCGCUGAUCCAAAAUGGCUGGGAACUUGCGAGGCCAUUGUUGCAACAAUGAAGGAACAGUACAGAAAAGCUAACAGUAUAUUUUCAUUGACGGCCUCAAGGUACAAGCUACCAAUGCAAAAAGCCAAACUGAACAAAUACGGUAAACUGUAUCCUAAGACGCUACGUCGUUUAAGGCUGUUACAGACGGGGGUGCUUCUGGUUUCUUCUCCAAAGUUCACCACAUUACGAGGCAGCUGGCUGGAAGACAAAAGGCACGUCACGGUGUCUCAGUGGGAGACAAUGGAUCUUUACUUCGAGUUCAGAUGCAAAAGAAAAACGGGUCCCUUCAAAGAAUGCUUUGAUUUGCUCGGGGAAGUACUGGUCAUACCGCCAGCAGUUAUUUUCCAAUCUGAGGAUUUGUCUCUCUUUCAAAUGUCAUCCAUACCAACGACUGAGAGAUCUGACAGCCCAACCGUUGAAUUCCAGUCACAGAAUACUCAAGCUCAAGCUAAAAGCAAUGCUUCAGGGGCUGUGGCUUCAGGAGCACGACAGGCAGAGUCUACAAGAUCUGAGAGCCCAGCGGUCGAGGUGCAGUCAGAGGAUAUCGAUAAUGCUGAAACCCAAACCCAAUGCGAGGCUUCAGGUGAUGUGAACGAGGCUUCAGGGGGUGUGAACGAGGCUUCUGGGGAUGUGAACGAGGCGACAGGGGAUGUGAACGAGGCUUCAGGGGAUGUAAACGAGGCUUCAGGGGAACGACAGGCAGUGUCUACAAGAUCUGAGAGUCCAGCGGUCGAGGUGCAGUCAGAGGAUAUCGAUAAUGCUGAAACCCAAACCCAAUGCGAGGCUUCAGGGGAUGUGAACGAGGCUUCAGGGGAUGUGAACGAGGCUUCUGGGGAUGUGAACGAGGCGACAGGGGAUGUGAACGAGGCUUCAGGGGAUGUAAACGAGGCUUCAGGAGAACGACAGGCAGUGUCUACAAGAUCUGAUAGCCCAGCGGUCGAGGUGCAGUCAGAGGAUAUCGAUAAUGCUGAAACCCAAACCCAAUGCGAGGCUUCAGGUGAUGGGGAUGAGGCUGAAGGGGGAAAUCAGGAAGAAACUGUUGACAUGAAAUCCCCAAUAGUAGACUUACAGUAA